GUGCAGAGCUGAGGCCACGCCGGUCGCCGCUGGUCGCCGCCGGGUCCCCGCAGCCAGGAGCGCGGCGUGGUCUCUGCGCGGUACCUCCGCCGCCGCCCUCAGCAGUCCCGCGCCCAUCUUACUCCCCACUCCCGCUAGCCCUGCGCUGUCACCGCCACGGCUCUCUGUCGCGCAGCCGCUCGCUCCCGCCUUUGUCUUCGCUGCUCCUCCGGGCGAUGCUCAGCCUCUGGGCGCUGUCGCUUCGCUGCUGUCGCCGCCGCCGCUACCCCGACGGCCUUGCGCUUCUGUGUCCCCCGCGAGCCUACACCUCCCCCGGCCUCCGCCGCGCUCCCCAGGCCGGCGCAGGAUUGUCAGUGGCAGCCGUCUUAAGCCUAGGCCCGAGUCGAUCCAGACUUAAGCAGGCAGUUUUCCUUAACGCCCUUGAGCUAAACCCUCCUUCACAGCCAGAAGUGCUCAUGACUUCUCCCCCAGGCUGCUUUACUGCCCUUCUCCGACUGCCCGUUGCUUUGGAGAACGAGUCUUAUUAGACCUGGACCUCAUACGCAAGCAUCUUAGACGUGAAAUGUGUCUAGAGAGUCAUUCUGCAUUUGAUCUUAGCCAGAAGGGCCUAGAAGCUAUUAGGAAAUCGUUUGAAGUUUUUAAUUUUUAUUUUAUCUUCAAUUUUAUCUUCAGCAUAGGCCAUAUAAGGCUGCCACGAGCUUUCAGUUUCAGAGUGAUUUGUUCAAAGCUGCUCUCAAAUUUUGUUUUUGAGGUGGUCUCCCUAAUGCUUCCUUGGGACUCUGUGCUCCUCCUGCCUCAGCCUCCUGUGUGUGAGUGCAGGGGGUGCUACUGUGAACUGACACCGGAGAGUACACAUGUAGUAGGGUUAAGAUUGAGGUUCUUAGCCCUAGCUUUCAUACUUACUUAGGAGGUGGACCCCUGGACGCUGACUAGGAAGUUACUGAGGCCUGUGCAGAUGCAAGUCUAAACUGGAGCCCUGUGGAGCUGUGUGUUUGAUCGGCCUCUAUCCCUGGCCGUGAUAGAUAUCACUACAUGCUACUUAAUGAAAUGGGAAAGUCGCUAGCAAUCACGAUGUUUUAUCUGAGUGAGGAAAAGCCUGGGAGCUGUGUGAGGGAUUUACUGGUCUGUUAGUGACAUUAGAAAGGAUGCAUAUUACAUGGAGUUUAUGGUGACACUCUUGCUAAAAAUGCUGACGCAGUAAUUUGAAAUACAUGCCGUAGCCCCAGACCGGCUGCCUUUUCUAAUGGCAUAAACUACCACCAUGGAAUUGGGCUUUCUACUUCUGCAAGUUUUUACUGCCUGUAUUAAAACAAUUUAGGCAUCUCCUUUGUCAAAAGUAAGUCAUGUUACUAUUUACGCAUUCAAUAAAAAGAACCCAAAAUUUGUGGCCACAGGAGAACUUGAUAAACCCUAAGUGGAAAUAUAGUUUGGUUUCCACACCAUAUGAAGCCAGGUUAAAGAACCAUUUUCAUUCUUUAGCAAAUAUUUGUUGAACUCUCAUUCUGACCCUGUUAUCUUUUAGGCACCCAGUUUUGUAUCUGUGACUCAGUAGAAAAAAAUGACCUAUCCACUUCCAGAGUGGUGUGCAGCUGUAAUGCCAGCACUGGGGAGGUGGGCUAACCUGGGCUAUUAAGAUCCCCCUUGACUCCCAUCCCUGCAAAAAAUAUCCCGGCCAGGGAGCUAAUACAGCUGUCUAAAAGGUCUUAUCAUUCAGAGUCAACGGUUGGAACAAAAAGUUCUGUUACAAGGUACACUGACAGUGUUAAGGCAGUCCUGGCUACCCAUCCAUGCUGUUAGCUGUUAAUGAGAAGUGAAUUUAAGCUGGGCAUAGUGGCACACGACUUUAAUUCCAGCACUUGGGAGGCAGAGGCAUGUGUAUCUCUGUGAGUUUGAGGACAGCCUUAUCUACAUAUUUCCUGGACAGCCAGGACUACAUUACAUGUGAAACUCUUAUGUUUCAAACAAAAAGUGAGCUUAACAACCCACAAAGCCUAUUACAGAAGGACAAAAAAAUACUAUGGGUUGGCGUUCUGUGGUUUUAGUAAAGAAAUUCAGAAGUGAGGCCGACAUUUUAAAAAAUAUUUUCCCUAAAUAACUCUAGGUGUUUUCUAUUACGUGCAUUGACUUGGGAUGGGGAGUGUGGGGCUUGUGCUGAAGUCAGAAGACAACCUUGAGAAGGAGGUUCUCAUGACUCCACCCUGUGCACCCCAGGGGUCACAAUCAGGUGAUCAGGCUUGUCUGUCUGAGUGUCUCAGGCUGUGUGCGUGGGCAUGUGUGGCUUCAGCAGUGUCACUUCCCAAAGGAUGAUGUGAUCGGAGUGGUUUGCUUCUGUGUCGUGCUUGCCUGGGGAAAUACCACCUUUAUUUACAUUUCCUUGUUAUUAUCAGGUAUAUUAUUACAUAAGUACUAUUUGUUUGCACUGAAAUCCUCAUGCAAACAAACUAAGUAAUGCUCUGAGCCAUCCUGGCUUCUUUUUUUUAGGGGCGGGAUGUCUCUGUGUGGCCCUGGCUGUCCUGGAACUCAUUGUGUAGGCCAGGUUGACUCUUCACCACACUGAAGCCGUUAGGAAAACAAACCUUGUGGUUAUCAGCAGAGCCUUCAGAGUUUCACCAUAACUCAGGCCUAGACAUUAUUCUAAAUGGCAACUGAUAUGUCUCAAGGUGAACUCAUCCAUCCUAAGGCACUCCCACUUAUAGUAGGAGCGCAGCUGAUCCACGCGGACAAGUUAGGUGAGAAAGCAGAAGAUACCACCAUGCCUAUACGUCGAGCCGUGAAUUCUACCCGGGAAACUCCACCCAAAAGCAAACUUGCUGAAGGGGAGGAAGAAAAACCAGAACCAGAUGGAAGUUCAGAGGAAUCUAUCUCUACUGUAGAAGAACAGGAGAAUGAGACUCCACCUGCUACAUCCAGUGAGGCAGAGCAGCCCAAGGGGGAGCCUGAGAGUGGAGAGAAGGAAGAGAACAACAACAAGUCUGCUGAGGAACCCAAAAAGGAUGAGAAGGAUCAGUCUAAAGAAAAGGAGAAGAAAGUGAAAAAGACGAUUCCUGCCUGGGCGACUCUCUCUGCCAGCCAGCUAGCCAGGGCCCAGAGACAAACCCCCAUGGCUUCCUCCCCACGGCCCAAGAUGGACGCAAUCUUAACUGAGGCCAUUAAGGCAUGCUUCCAGAAGACUGGCGCCUCGGUGGUUGCGAUUCGAAAGUACAUCAUUCAUAAGUACCCGUCUCUGGGUCUGGAGAGAAGGGGCUAUCUGCUCAAGCAAGCGCUGAAGAGAGAGUUAAACAGAGGAGUCAUCAGACAGGUAAAAGGAAAAGGUGCAUCUGGCAGUUUUGUUGUGGUCCAGAAAUCAAAACCACCUCAGAAAUCCAAAAACAGAAAGAAGGGCUCGGCUCUGGAUCCAGAACCACAAGUAAAACUGGAAGAUGUUCUCCCGUUGGCUUUUACUCGGCUCUGUGAACCUAAAGAAGCUUCCUACAGUCUCAUCAGGAAAUACGUGUCUCAGUAUUACCCUAAGCUCAGAGUGGACAUCAGGCCCCAGUUGUUGAAGAAUGCUCUGCAGCGAGCAGUAGAGAGAGGCCAGCUCGAGCAGAUAACUGGCAAGGGUGCUUCGGGGACAUUUCAGCUGAAGAAAUCAGGGGAGAAGCCCCUGCUGGGUGGAAGCCUGAUGGAAUAUGCAAUCUUGUCUGCCAUUGCUGCCAUGAACGAGCCUAAGACCUGCUCCACCACUGCUCUGAAGAAGUAUGUCCUGGAGAACCACCCAGGGGCCAACUCUAACUAUCAGAUGCAUUUGCUGAAAAAAACCCUGCAGAAAUGUGAGAAGAACGGGUGGCUGGAGCAGAUCUCUGGGAAGGGGUUCAGCGGCACCUUCCAGCUGUCCUUCCCCUACUACCCUAGCCCAGGAGUUCUAUUUCCGAAGAAAGAAUCCGGUGGCUCUGACGAUGAAGAUGAAGAUGACGAUGACGAUGAAUCAUCAGAAGACUCUGAGGAUGAGGAACCACCACCCAAGAGGAGCUUACAGAAGAAAACACCAGCCAAGUCCCAAGGGAAGACAGCCUCCAUGAAGCAGAGAGGGUCGAAGCCUGCGCGGAAAGUCCCGGCUGCCCAGAGAGGGAAAGUGAGGCCGCUGCCUAAGAAAGCUCCACCCAAGGCCAAGACCCCUGCCAGGAAAGCCAGACCCUCUCCCUCAGUCAUCAAGAAGCCUAGUGGGAGCUCCUCCAGAAAGCCCAUAGCCAGUGCACGAAAGGAAGCGAAACUGCCCGGGAAGGGCAAAUCUGCCAUGAAGAAGUCUUUCAAGACAAAAAAGUAAAUUUUAUAGGGAAAAGGGUAUCAUGAUUGAAUUCAGAAUCUUACUUUAUAAGGUCAGUGUGCAUUUGUUCUAGUUAUAAUGCUUUUAAAUUGUACUUUUUCUUCCCAUGUGAGCAUUGUGGGAAGGAAUGGACACAGAGCAGCGUAGACAUUUGUGAGCUUCGGUGCUGUUCAGUGCCUGCUUCUUCAUCACCUUAAUUUCUGCCAUAACCUGGACUUCGCUGACUGUGUGACUGCCCUGCUCCCUCUGUUCAUCUUAGCCCCAGCCCUCGUCCUCUUUCUGUGAUCCGAUUGAGGAUUUUUUCCUCCUUCAAGUUAAUUUAAACAACUGCAGAGAUGUGUUUGUAGAGCACUUAGAGGUCUGGGGCUGGAAGUCCAGACGGCGCAGGAGCAGUGUUGGGAAGGCUUUGCGUCCUGCCUGCAGACUUGCUAGAGCUGUGGUGAUUAACCCUGGCUGUUGAAUCACUCCACUGACCAGUCUCCAGCUUGAGUCGGGGACAUGUUAACUUCGGAAAGAAGCCCCCGUCCCUGCCAUCCCAUAGAUUCUGAAGGGCUCCUCUCCUCCGGUCACGCUGACCAACUGCCAAGCUCGCUUUGCUGCCCAGAGCACUGUCCCCUCACAGCAAGCACAAGUUGUCUGCACCACUUGGUUUCUGACUGAAGGGGAAGUACAGGACUACAUGGAAUCUGAUUUCUGGUGUUGCUUAUUACCAAAAAUGACAGAAUAUUCUUGAUCAAAUGUCUAGAUAUAUUUUUAAUAUUUGGGGCAUGAGUUGUCCCUGUUUGAGAGUUCCCAUUACUAAUGUAGAAAUGUUAAAUGGUAAAACAUAAUUUGCUAAAAUGACCAGUUUUCAGAUUCACCUGUGCGUGUGCCCCCCACUCCCAUCCCACCCUGUUCUUUCCAUAGAACUUUUGAUAUCAGGCAAACGGUUUCCUUUUUGAGAUAUUUUAACAGAGAAGGGGUGGGGGAGAAGCAGAUGAAGCUGUACUACCCAGCCCUCUUCUUGUUUGUAUUUGUUUAGGGUUGUGAGGUUGUGUAAAAUAGUACUAGCUUCUUACUUGAGAACUACAGUUUCUGCUUAUCAUUUAUUCUUCCUUGUGGCACUUAAUAUUUUAAUUGUCUUAAGCUUUUUGAUGUAUAUAUCCUCUGGCCCCUUACAUGCUGCCAGAGGAGAAGGUGUUUGUUUGAGAUUCAUUCCACUUGAAGUGUCUCCUGGGAUCCCCACAGCUGCGUAUGGCUGGGAAAUGGACUUAAGGCUUGGGCUUGAAUUGGUGGCUCCUACCUGUGAGGUCCCAUCGUGAGUCACUGGGAUUUGUGUUGCAUGGAAGGCAGUCUUUCCUGUUGUAAAUCUUCCUUUUUUAUGUACAAAUAUUUUGAAAAAUAUGAAUAAACAUGAACUUUUAAAAGCUGCUGAACUACAGCUUAGUGAAAAGUUUCCAGUACCUGUCCUGCAAUCUCUCCUCCUGCAAGGGAUACCAUGGCUUCCUUUUUCUUUUGAGUUCUUACUUUGAUGGUCAUUUAUUUUAUAUAUAUGAGUACACUGUAGCUGUCUUCAGACACACCAGAAGAGGGAGUCAGAUUCCACCAAAGAGUCAUCUUAGGGGCUGGAGAGAUGGCUCAGCAUUAAGAGCACUGUCUGCUCUAACAGAGGACCUGGGUUCAGUUCCCAGCAUCCAUAUGGUAGCUCAUAUUUGCCUCUAACUUCAGUUCCAGGGUUUCUGACACUCUCACACAGACAUACUUGCAGACAAAGCACCAAUGAACAUAAAAUAAAAGCAAACUUGUUUUUUAAGAGAGUCAUCUUGAGGCUGUGGUGGCAUACACCUUUAGUCCUGGCACUUAGGAGUCAGAAGCAGGCUGAUCUCUGAGUUCAAGGCUACCCUGGUCUUUAGAGUGAGUGACAGCCAGAGAAACCCUGUCUGAAAGAAAGAGGGGGUGGGGGAGGGAGGGAGGGAGGGAGGAGUCAUCUUUAUUGAAAAACUUUUCUCAACAUCAUAAGAGCCUAGUUUUUUGUUUUUAAUUAACAUACAAAAUUCAGGUUAGACUGGGGAAAAAAAUGACAGCACAGUUACAGACAGUAGCCCACCACAGAGAUCUCUCUCUCUAGAAAGCUUGAAUUCCUCAUAUGUGUGCCAGGGACUGGUUACUCAUAGGGUAUUGUUAGCUACCUGAGCCAACAAUUCUCUGCUCUUAUGGAAUCAAAAAUUGCAGGUCGGUUUUUCUGUGUUAUACAGUAUUGCUUGUACAGAGGUUUGCUGACUGCUCAGCUGGCCCCUGCCCCAUACAUCAGACACUGUAACUUGUACUAUGAGAAGCUGGGGUCAUGUAAGGUCUCUCUCUCUGCUCUGAAUGCGCCUUAACAAAAGUUUAGGGUAGGACAGUCUGCUUUAACGUCCCAGGAAAGGUAAAGACUGGAUCACUCAGCUCCAAAGGCCCAGCUGUCCAACACAUACACUUUCAUACCUGACAGAGAGGCUUUUGAUUUCUGUUUUCAUCUGUGCACUCUGCAGAAGACAUUUACAGACUUUACUUUUGUGUUAAAUGAGAAGAGAAAACGCAGGAGGUGGGUGUCUGGCCUAAUGGUCUGUCUGGUUUAAUAGUCUUUCAUAGACUCUGAAGUCGCCUGCUCCAAAGUGGUUGAAAAAUGAGUCUCUGAAGAUGCUGGAAGCAAGGUGGUUGGCUUAACUUGUAUUCUCAGAGACUCAUUAUUACUUUAUUCCGUAGUAAUGUGAUAAAGGCAAAGUUUAUUAGCACAGGUUAGACCUAGUCCACAUGAGCAUAACUGCAGGAAAUCGAGUCCUGUAUACACCCCAGAAAGGACAGGCUUGGUGGCCCAUGCCUGUCAAGGCAGCAGUGGGAGCUGUUUGCAUCAUGUCUGUUGACAAUAGUUUGAGUAAUUUAUGGAAAAACAAGAUCUAAAUAAAUGUAACCCUUGGAUAUAAA